ACACCGUUACCGCUCCAGCCACAGUGUGCUCCACUACAAACCGCUACUACCGACGAACGAUCGGCGGAUGGGACCGUUGCGGAAAAAGAAGGCCCGCUUUAAGGUCCUCCUGAUGAUGGGGACCGUGUUCGCCUGCCUGCUGUACGCGAUCGAGCGACCAUUCUGGUGGGAUUACGACGCACUCGAGGCACCACUAUGGAACGAAGCGCUGGAAACGCGAGACGACGAGCAACACUUCAACUACAACAGUUCGUACUUUGUCAACACGGUCGGGUGCAAGAUGCCCAGCUUUCCGGUAACGAACGAGCAGAUACAAAAGUUCGUCGAGCGUCCGGAACCGAUCGACUGCGUUCCGGCACUGCUGGAAGCGGACGACCAGUGGAUCUGGUUCCAGCUGUCGGUGGAAGACAUCGAGCGACACUACAACGUGACGAACGCGAGCUUGAUACAGUGUUGUGUGCGACCGUUCGAACGGGUGUCCGAUCAGGAGGAGCAUCAGAUGGGCAAUGCAAGCUGUUUCGAUUAUGCGGAACGGUACGCCGUGCGAGAGGAAGAGUUUGUGAUGGUUAAUUGCCAUUACGGUGGUUCGAAGGACGCAUUCUACUGGGACUACUUUGCGUUCGUUCCUUGGAAGAAGCCGAUCGGACGAUUGGGCGAAGAUCAAGAGCAGCAGAUGAAUGUGAUGAUACUGGGGAUCGAUUCAGUCUCGCGAUUGAAUCUACACCGGCAGAUGAAUCAAACGAGCGACUAUCUACUCAACACAUUAAACGGUAUUGAGAUGUUCGGUUACAACAAAGUGGGCGACAAUACAUUUCCCAACAUGAUACCGGCCCUGACCGGGCUUGACAUCGAGGAGCUCGGUGCCGCAUGUCUUCCAAACGCCAGCAGUACCUUUGACCUGUGCCAGUUCGUGUGGAACAAGUUCGGUGCGGCCGGCUACCGGACGGCUUACGCCGAGGACAGUUCGGCCAUGGCCACCUUCAACUACGGCAAGAAGGGCUUCCGUCAGCAGCCGACUGACUACUAUCUGCGCAACUUUUUUCGCCAGAUGGAAUCGAGCGUCGGGUACAAUAAGAAACUGAACGCCAAACUGUGUCUCGGUGGGCGGAAUCCGACUCGUGUCCUGCUCGACUACGCGCGGAAGAUAGUUAAAGCGUCCGGAGAGCACGAUCCGAUGUUUUCGUUGCUUUGGGGCGUUGGAAUGACGCACGAUUUCUUCAACAAUCCGGCACUGAUUGACGACGAUUAUCGGCAGGUGUUGGAGUUUAUGCACGAACAACAGACGAACUAUCUUAACCGAACGGUGCUGAUCUUGAUGAGUGAUCAUGGGAUUAGGUGGGGAUCGUUUCGCAACACCUACCAGGGAAUGAUGGAGGAACGGCAACCGUUUCUGAUCUUCGUACUACCGACAUGGUUUGUGCGUCGGUAUCCUUCCGCUUAUCACAACUUGCGCCGGAACCGGUUGCGCCUUACGACGCACUUCGAUCUGUACGAAACGUUGAAGGAGUUUUUGGAUCUUGCCAGUCUGUCGACGGGCGCGAUUCGCGAGCGGACCGAGGAGCUGCUGGAAACUAAACCAAUCCCGAGAGGGAUUAGCUUGUUUCUACCGAUACCGGGCACGAGAACGUGUGAGGAUGCGGGCAUCGCUCCACACUGGUGCACCUGUCACGAUCAUAAGCCGCUGGCGAAGAAUGAUCAUCAAGUCAUACAGGCGGCACGGUUUGCGGUGGACCGGGUAAACCAUCUGCUGCUCGAGUAUCCGCAGUGCAGUGUGCUGCAUCUGAACUCGAUCGAGGAUGCGAGCGUUGGGAUGUCACCGGAGAACAUUACCGCCAAGCACAAGUUUAGCGACAUCAGUGUCCGGUUUGUGACGAAGCCCGGAGACGGAGAGUUCGAGGCGACGGUAAGGAUCGAUUCCAACAACGAGAGCUUCCUGACAGGGACGGUUAGCCGAACGAAUCUGUACGGCAAGCAAAGCUUCUGUGUCGAUGACUAUCGGCUCAAGCUGUACUGCUUCUGUGGGCGGUAGUGUG